CCAAACAUCCUUGACCUCCUCCUCCCUCCUUCAUUCUUCUCAGGACCGACGAGUUUCACCAAAAUCUUACAAUUGACACCACCGCCGCCGUCAUCACCACUGUGGCCACACAUACGCCUUAUCCGUAGCAACAAAUUUUUCCAUUGCAAGUCUUCUUUUCUUGCCUCAAUUUUAUGACGGAAUGUGGUUAUUACGAUAAAACCAUAGACUGUUUGAAAAUGUUCUUUAGUAUCUUAAUGCCAUGAAGAGUGGACCUGUGCAAGUUUAAAUAAUGAACGGGGAGCUCGCAAUCUGGUGUUGCGGCAGUCUCCUAAGUCAGAGCACCCUGAUAGAGGACGGUCACAAUUGACGAAACGGUCGAUCCAAAUUCCUUUUCCUAACGGGAAAUUUCAUUCUGGUAGAACUUAGCCUGGUUUCUUCAUACUUUCAGAUGGUCAUUUGGUGUCAGUUAUCUAGUACAUGGAGCCAUCACAUAUAUUUCAUGUAUAUGGGAGUCAGGAUGGGCUUGAAAGAGAAGUAUAUUCAGACGAAGAGCAGUACCAUUUUAGCUUUGGAUGGAAGAAGGCGGUGCUUGGACAUUCAGAUAAUGACAAGCUGCAUUUGCAAUAUGAAGUUUAUGACUUCCUUUAUUUGGAUCAGAUGUUUAAAAGAUUGUUUCUUGCUAUUUUCCGUGGCUUCCGACGAAUCUAAUUUACUAACUCAGAUCAUAAAUUGGAAUAUAGUGAUUAGCAAUCUGGAUAAGCAUGCAGCAUGUUGUCUGGAUAGUGAUGACCUGAUGAAGACUGCAAGCUAAAACAUGCUGAAGCCUGUAAGACCUAGAAGAGUUUAUUCUGUUCGAUUCCUCUGUUUUUGACCUUCUUUUUAUGUUGUGCUAUUUCUUUUACUUCUUUCUUUAUGCAAGAGAUGGACUAUUUCAUUGAUAUAAUUUGGGUUUGUUGUGGAAUUAUAUUUUUUGGAGUCCAGUCUUUGUGGGCCGCACCUCUGUAAAUGUUGGAAGAAUCAUCAAGAACUAAUUUUUUAAAAUUUUACAGUCAUGGAUGAUAGAACAGUCAUUUCUUCUGCACUAUUACAAGUAAGCCAUAUGAUAUAAAGGUUACUUAACUCAUGUAGGCUUUCUGAUUUCUGAAAAAUAAAGGUGCUGGUUGGUAUCCUAGGGUUUUAUCCAGGCAAAAUAUAUAUGAUGCCCUUAAGAAGAGGUCUAUGCUUACAUUUCUUUUUUAUGAGCUACCUUAAUGCACUCAGGGAAGCAAGGAAAAACUUGUUUGUGCUUAUGCCAUGCAGGGAAGAGAAAGAUGGAAGAAACAUCAUUGGGAUUGGAUUUCUUAGCUUUUCAUUCAUUGCAAGCAUGCUUUAAGAUCAUCAUGCUAAAGAUAGAACUGUAUUGC